AUGACAAGUGUUUUCUCCCUUCUGUCCUUUCCCCGAACGUCGGACGGACUUACAGCACUACGGCCAACGACAUUGGCGACGUCUCUGGACGAUGGGUCAAAGGUGGUGAAGAAAUCCGAUGGGCCCAUUCAGAUUCGAAUCAUCGGCGAAUACACCGCCCAGGCUCCUCAAGGAAAGAAGCAGCUUGAACUGCUCCGAAGAUCCAUACGGUCCAUCCUUACACGCAACGAUAGCUUGAGAGAGCCCCUCCCAGCGACAUAUGAAAGCAUCUACCAAUCCUGUCGCUCAGUAGUGACCGUCUCACACCUCGGUGGUGAUCUAUACGAUAUCCUCAAAAUACUGCUGCAUCAAAACAUUCGCCAAUUGUCUAUCGAGCUUCCCCACGACUCUCCAAGGAAAGAGUAUAUUGCAACUUUCAACAAAGCGUUGGAAUGGUUUGAGAAGCAAAUCGUCCUACUGCGAUCCCUGCUCACCUAUCUGGAUCAAGUUUACGUGGUUCAUGAAAGGGGCCUUUUGAACGUUUGUGAUCUGGGAUACAUGAUCGUUAGCGAGCAAAUCUUUGGGAGUGCACAAGUAACAAAUAAACUCAGAAAUGGGAUCCGAGAAUGGCUGACCUGGGAACGCCUUGGGCAUGAAGAUACGGGCCUCAUACCUACCCUUGUCCAACAUCUGAUCAGACACCAGCAAUACUCUGCGUUUGAAGAAUUCUUCGUCCAGAUCACUCGCGACUUCUACGCAAAGGAAUCUGAGGCUGAGGCAGAUAGGUUGAAGGACGAGCCGGAAACGUUCUUCAUUCAAGCGCAGAAAUGGAUUGAGGAAGAGGUCGAGCGGUCGAAGAGGGUCUUGCCUGUGACAAGUUGGAGCAUUGUCAGAGAUACAACGGAGACGGCCUUGUGGGAUGGCAGGAUGGAGUGGCUUUCUGAAGGCACGUUACCUGACUUCAUGGAGCGCAAGGACUUCGCGUCUUUGGGUAAGAUGUACGUCCUCUUCGCAAGGGUCAGAGGGACAAAGACUAUCUGCGACGCUUUCCGAAACCAUAUCAAAGCCACCGUCGCGAGCAUCGUCAAAGACACAGAAAGAGAUGACGAGAUGGUGCAGCGAUUGCUUGAUUUCAAAGCCCUCGCAGACGAGGCCAUCACCACCUGCUUCCUCCAGGAAAAGCCAGCCGUCAGCAUCAUUACAUCGACGGCUACCACCCCACCAACACCAGUGUCCCCGACGGCAUCAACGAGCAAGCCACCACCUAAACAGCCUGACCAAGACUUCCUGUACGCCCUCUCCGAUGCCUUUACUGUCAGCUUCAAAGCCCGUCGUCUCAAACCCGCAGAGAUGAUUGCCAAGUACCUCGACAAGGCGAUGCGCAGGGGCCAGGGCAAAUCUACCGACGCCGAGUUCCAAGAGAUGUUGGACAAGGUUCUGGCGCUAUAUCGGUUCACAGAUGACAAAGACGUGUUUAGGACCUUUUAUCAUCGCAGUUUGGCAAAGCGGUUGUUGUUGGAGAAGAGUGCCUCAGAUGACUUUGAGAAGGCGAUGUUGAAGAAGUUGAAGGAACAGUAUGAUCCUGAGUUUGGCAUGGGCGAGGAGAUGUUUAAGGACCUUGCACUCUCGAGAGAGUCGAUGCGCGAUUAUCACGAGAAACUAUCUGAAGACAGCCCAGGAAGGAAGUUGAAUGCUAUGGUUCUGCAACGGAGUGCCUGGCCAUUCUCUGUUCAGAAGCAUUCCGUCGACCUGCCCCCUGCUAUGCAAGUCGAACUGACGAAGUACGGCGAGUUCUACAAGGAGAAGCACUCCGGACACGUACUCGACUGGGACCACUCCCUUGGCACAAUGGCGUUGAAAGCGUGGUUCAAGCCAGGCAUGAAGGAGCUCUCAGUCAGCAUGUAUCAAGGGCUCGUCUUGCUUCUCUUCAACGAUGCUACCGAGAUAUCGUUCAAGGAUAUCAAGGAACAGACAAACAUGAACGAUGCCGAGCUGCGCAGGACGCUGCAGAGCCUUGCAUGCGCGAAGAAGAAAGUGCUUAGGAAGAUACCGCCCGGCCGCGAUAUCAACGACGACGACGUCUUCAAAUUCAACCCCGACUUCGACGACCCACACGCCAAAGUCCACAUCAACUCGAUCCAGGCCAAGGUCACGCCCGAGGAGAGCAAGCGUACGAAUGCAUCGAUAGAAGACGACAGGAAGUACUACCUUGAUGCUGCGAUCGUGCGCAUCAUGAAGGCAAAGAAGGAGCUAACUUACGAGCAGCUCAAGGUUGCGACAAUCGAUGCGGUGAAAAGCCACUUCGUGCCGCAGGUUGACACGAUCAAGCGUAGGAUUGAGAGUUUAGUCGAGCAAGAAUAUUUGGAGAGGAGCGAGGACAGGACGACGUACUUGUACGUUGCUUGA